CACUAAACUUGCACAAUGUCUCUGAAACCAAGAGUAGUGGAUUUUGAUGAAACCUGGAACAAACUCCUCACGACAAUCAAAGCUGUGGUCAUGUUGGAGUACGUGGAGAGAGCAACAUGGAACGACCGCUUCUCAGAUAUCUAUGCUUUAUGUGUGGCCUAUCCUGAACCCCUUGGAGAACGACUUUAUACAGAAACUAAGAUUUUUUUGGAAAAUCACGUACGGCAUUUGCACAAGAGAGUUCUGGAGUCUGAAGAGCAAGUACUUGUUAUGUAUCAUAGGUACUGGGAGGAAUACAGCAAGGGUGCAGACUAUAUGGACUGCUUGUAUAGGUAUCUCAACACCCAGUUUAUUAAAAAGAAUAAAUUGACAGAAGCUGACCUUCAGUAUGGUUAUGGUGGUGUAGAUAUGAAUGAACCACUUAUGGAAAUAGGAGAGCUAGCAUUGGAUAUGUGGAGGAAAUUGAUGGUUGAACCACUUCAGACCAUCCUCAUCCGAAUGCUGCUCCGAGAAAUCAAAAAUGAUCGUGGUGGAGAAGACCCAAACCAGAAAGUAAUCCAUGGGGUUAUUAACUCCUUUGUUCAUGUUGAACAGUAUAAGAAAAAAUUCCCCUUAAAGUUUUAUCAGGAAAUCUUUGAGUCUCCCUUCCUGACUGAAACAGGAGAGUAUUACAAACAAGAAGCUUCAAAUUUAUUACAAGAAUCAAACUGCUCACAGUAUAUGGAAAAGGUUCUAGGUAGAUUAAAAGAUGAAGAAAUUCGAUGUCGAAAAUACUUACAUCCAAGUUCAUAUACUAAAGUAAUUCAUGAAUGUCAGCAACGAAUGGUAGCAGACCACUUACAGUUCUUACAUGCAGAAUGUCAUAAUAUCAUCCGACAAGAGAAAAAAAAUGACAUGGCAAAUAUGUAUGUCUUACUCCGUGCUGUGUCCACUGGUUUACCUCAUAUGAUUCAGGAGCUGCAAAAUCAUAUCCAUGAUGAGGGCCUUAGAGCAACCAGUAAUCUUACUCAGGAAAAUAUGCCAACACUAUUUGUGGAGUCAGUUCUGGAAGUACAUGGUAAAUUUGUUCAGCUUAUCAACACUGUUUUGAAUGGUGAUCAGCACUUUAUGAGUGCGUUGGAUAAGGCCCUUACAUCAGUUGUAAAUUACAGAGAACCCAAGUCUGUUUGCAAAGCACCUGAGUUGCUCGCUAAGUACUGUGACAACUUGCUGAAGAAAUCAGCCAAGGGGAUGACAGAGAAUGAAGUAGAGGACAAGCUCACGAGCUUUAUUACUGUCUUCAAAUAUAUCGACGAUAAGGAUGUUUUUCAAAAGUUCUACGCAAGAAUGCUGGCGAAACGUUUAAUUCAUGGGUUAUCCAUGUCUAUGGAUUCUGAAGAAGCCAUGAUCAAUAAAUUAAAGCAAGCCUGUGGUUAUGAAUUUACCAGCAAGCUACAUCGGAUGUACACAGAUAUGAGUGUCAGUGCGGAUCUCAACAAUAAGUUCAACAAUUUUAUCAAAAAUCAAGACACAGUAAUAGAUUUGGGAAUUAGUUUUCAAAUAUAUGUUCUACAGGCUGGUGCAUGGCCUCUUACUCAGGCUCCUUCAUCUACAUUUGCGAUUCCCCAGGAAUUGGAAAAAAGUGUACAGAUGUUUGAAUUAUUUUACAGCCAGCAUUUCAGUGGAAGGAAACUUACAUGGUUACAUUAUCUUUGUACAGGUGAAGUUAAAAUGAACUAUUUGGGCAAACCAUACGUAGCUAUGGUCACAACAUACCAAAUGGCGGUUCUUCUUGCCUUUAACAACAGUGAAACCGUCAGCUAUAAAGAACUUCAAGACAGCACUCAGAUGAACGAAAAGGAACUGACAAAAACAAUCAAAUCAUUACUCGAUGUGAAAAUGAUUAACCAUGAUUCAGAAAAGGAAGACAUUGAUGCAGAAUCUUCAUUUUCAUUAAAUAUGAACUUUAGCAGUAAAAGAACAAAAUUUAAAAUUACUACAUCAAUGCAGAAAGACACACCACAGGAAAUGGAGCAGACGAGAAGCGCUGUAGAUGAAGAUCGAAAAAUGUACCUCCAAGCUGCUAUAGUUCGUAUCAUGAAAGCACGAAAAGUACUUCGGCAUAAUGCCCUUAUUCAGGAGGUGAUUAGCCAGUCAAGAGCUCGGUUUAACCCUAGUAUCAGCAUGAUUAAGAAGUGUAUUGAAGUUCUGAUAGACAAACAGUACAUCGAACGCAGCCAGGCGUCAGCAGAUGAGUACAGCUACGUAGCGUGACGCGCGCUCCCCCAGUGUGGAUGUGAGAAGGUCAUUGCCAUCGCCAUCCGGUGUGUCCUGUGGGAGAAAGCAGGCCUGUGCCUCCAUAAUUUGGCCAUUUGGCAGCCCCUGUUUCUCUGCUGUUUACAACAUCACCAGUGCCACGUCAUGAGCGUCAGAGAAAAUGCCUAGAGAUAUUUCAAGCUCAUGUCAUUAUGACAUUUCUUAAAACUUUAUUAAAAAAGAAUGAGUGAAGUAUUGCUGAAAUGUGGAAAUUUGGCUGGGUACCAUGCUUUUUCUCCCCUUCACGUUUGCAGUUGAUGUUUUUUUUUUUUUUUUUUUUUAAUGUAUCUUAAAGGACAUAAGAUAAAAAACUUAAAUAUUGUAAUAUGCCAGAUAACCUAAUAAUUGUAUCUACAUUAAA